AUGAAAUCCUUAACAUUUUUAUUUAUUCUUAUUCAAUUUAUACUGGUUGAAUUAUUAAAUGCUCAAUCAAAUAUUCCUUCAGCAACAUCUUCGGGAAUUCAAACAAACACCCGACCAAGUCUGACAAGUGCGCCGAGUGUGUCGAAUAAAUUAAGUACACCAUUCCCAGUUUUCAGUGAACUACCGGCAAACAAUGAUAAUAAACGUGUAAUAAUCGGUUCAAUUGUUGGAGGAUUAAUUGGGACUUUUGGACUUAUUAUGGGUUCUUUAUUUAUAUGCGUUAAAUAUCAAAAGUCCGAAAAUAAUGAUAUGUCCCCAAAUGAAAUCAUAUUGCCAAUUCCUGGGUCUGAUGAAAGGGAAAAUGGAUUAUCACAAGUAAUCUCAACGCCAUGA